AAUUUUGGAAUGGAACGAACCAGGAGUUACCUGGUAGAGAAAUCCACUGAUCCAGUCUACACAUAUCUCUACACUGAUCAUUCAAGGUGCGCAUGUCACCUUAUGUUUAGAGGGGAACUUUCAAAGCUGCUUUCCUCAGAAACGUGCCAUGGUUCUGACGGCUUGUAUUCCAUAGAAGCAGAAUUUAUGAAAUCCCUGGAAGUAACUCCUGAAGGAAAGGAAGCAAUAAAAAAACAUGUCAAAGCAUGGAUAAAUUUUGCCUCUUUUGGGGAUCCAAACCACGAGGGGCUGGGAGUAGUUUGGAAAAAGGACUCAGUUGACAAUCCUUGUUUCCUAGAAAUGGGAACCUCCUGGAGUCUGAAAUCAGGCAUCCCUCAACCAGACAGGAUUGAAUUUUGGAAGAGGAUGGCAGCAAAAUAUUGUAAAGCUUAAUAUAUUUAUUAAAAAAAACUGUAUAAAAAAUACAAACCUGUAACAUUAUCCAGUUAAUCACAGUGCAUUUUUCCUUCCACUGAGCGCAUUUUAAUAAAAUGAAAUAAAAGAGUUUUUGUACCAAAUUCAAAUAAUA